AAUUUGCAGUAAUUACUGAUCUUUGUGUCUUCUGUCAUCUUUAUGUACACCUUUGGGAAGAACUUCUUCAAAAAGGGCUCCAUUGAGUUAUCAACAAACCUGAAAUUCCAAGAUCAUAGCCAAAAAUAACUCCGCCUGUAGCAGCCAUCAUGCAUGAUAGAACAACAAGCAGAGUUGUCCUGCCAUUGUAUUGUGUGCCUUCGCUUGUUAUUGCUAUCCCAACUGCCAUGGCUCAACAGGUUAGUUUGACAACCUUACUCAGUUGCUGUAUAUGUCUAUGGAAGAGAUAUACUUUUCAAGUCAUUGAUAAUGAAAGAAUUAGAACCUUGAGCCGUCUUUCUUGACUUAUUCAGAGUAGCUAUUAUCCACAUUGAUAUAUGAGUUUUCAUUUGGACUUUUCCAUGAACUUACGCUUGGAAGAUUGAAAUAUGAAAGUCUGCUACUAAUCACUGAUGUCAUGUAGACUAAAAUAUCCAUUCCUAA